UCCAAUGCUUAGCUUCAUCCUCAACUUUUCCAUCCACACAUUCAAUUAAAACCCCUUCAUAGUGGAAAGAAUGGAAAAAUCCAACCUGAAUCCAAAAUCACCCACCAAAGAUAGAAAUGCAUAUUUUUCUUCUCCUCAUCUCACACAUGAUCAACCAAACAAAUUUGAACCACACCAUAGUGGACUUAGAGCUCUAGACCAUGAGGUUAACGAUUUUGAUGCAUACAACAAGUACUUCAACCAAGUGAGCAACAAUGACAGCAUCCAAAAAGUGACCAUCAACAGAGUCUCUCCCCUGCUCAACAUGGACACAGAACACAAGCACAAACACAAUCCAGAACAAGGUGACAUCACAAAGUCCACAAGGUCAUUCUCCUAUUCUGCUUCAUCAUCACUUGGUGUUGGUGGUGGUAACCGCAACAACAUGAUCAUGAUGAACAACCACAAAGCUCAUUCAUUCCAUGCUGCAACUUCAACACCACCACCACCUUCAUCUUCCAAGUCCACUUUGAACAACAAAGCUGGUUUGUUAUUCCACCACCCUCAAAAACCAACCACAAUCUCAGCUACUAAACCUCCUCAUCAAACAUCCUCCAAUCUUACAAAGAAACUCAGAACCUCCUUGUCAAAACCCAUUUGGCUUUUGAGAAGAAAAUGCCCUUGCAAUGAUAGAAAGUCAGUGCAAGUCAAAGGAAACACAAAUACAAACACAAACAAAAACACCCCAAAAGCCAAAACUCCAACAACCCCACAACCCCAAACCCUCUCACACAAACAUUCCUUGAAUCACAAAACAAAAUCCAACAAAGAAGUGAAGUCUCAAAGUCAAAGGUUGUUCCAAUUCCAAUCUGCCAUGAACCAAGCUAGAAGGCCCACAAGUGAAGGCUUCACUUUCCCUUUGUUCUUGGCAAGUAACUCCAACAACCCCACAAAGCCUCAUCAUCAGGUUCUUCUCAACGUGGUGCAUGAAGAAGAGGACACAACCCCACGUGAGUCCUUGCACGUGUUCCAACCUCCAAGCCCCCCCAAGUCACGUGCCAUGGAUGAUGAUGCAGCUAGUGAUGCAAGUUCUGAUCUUUUUGAGAUAGAGAGCUUCUCCACUCAAACUACUACAUACCCCAUUAUCACACCCUCAUCAAUUUCACAGUGCCAUCAAACCACCGAUCAUGAGUUCUUCUUCGCCGCCGACGCCGGCAGCAGCGGGGCGGCGGCGGCUGCUGAGGGAUAUUGAGGUGCUGCCACCACUAUAAGGUCAAAGUUGUCAAACAAAUCAACUUAUUUGGCUGGCGAGCUUCUUUUAAUUAUGAUAUGAAAUAUGAAUACACUUCAUGUGUCAAUUCAAUAAGUUUGAAUGCUGAUUUCUUCUUUUUGGGCUUGUUGAAAUAAAUUCUUUUUGAUCUGUUUUAACAAAUUUUGGAGUCAAAUGUAUGAAUGAAUUCUCACUCAAUAAAAGCUUGUUAAAAGUGUUUGAUAGUUA